AUGGGGAGCAUCCCGAGUUUCUUCCCACAACCCCAGCGCAGGAGGUUACUCUUCCUCCUGCUUGGGGCCGGUAUUGCAUUCUACCUGCUGCGAUUGAGUUACUCAGCUCCCCGGCCAUUUGAUCGCCAUCCAGGGUCUUACUUGGACACACAAACUACUGUUCCCAACAUUCCUUCGACCUCUAUUGCACCCGCCACUCCAGCUACAGCAAUCACGGUCGCGAACGCUCCUGCAUCCUCUCGUGCGAAGAGUCCAUACUGCGUCGCUAUAUUUCUUGGUGCAUAUCGUGAUUAUCAAUAUGGCGACGAUGAUGAUGACGACGACUCAUAUUUUGUCGGGGCACGAACAUUAGUCUAUCAGCUUCUCCACGCGCCCGCGACCAGAUUUACGCAUGCCAUUGACACAGACCCAAUCCCAGUGAUAUUCCUGGUGACAAAGGAUGUCAGCGAAAGCAAGCGCAGGCGACUUGAAGCAGAUGGAGCGAGUGUGAUCGAGAUCGAGCCAAUAGAAGCAUCUUGGGCAAAUGGACGUUACAAACAGGUGCUCACGAAACUGCGCCUAUUUGAUCCCGAGAUUCUGCCGUACGAAAAGGUCUUUGUAAUGGACACAGAUAUGGUGAUUACGCGGCCAAUCGAUGCGAUCUUCCAGGAUGAGGGCUCUCACUUCAGCUCUCCUGACUAUAAUCGCACAGGGGCCGACACGGAAAUUGCCCCCCUUCCUCCGAAAUACAUGUUCGCUGCCUCGCCAGAAUCUCACGAUUUAGAUCAUCCAUACCCGUUCUUGAACCUGGAUCCCGAAAACCAAGACUUCAAUGUCGGGUGCAUGUUAUUCUCGCCAUCGAAGGAGAUUUAUAAAUAUUAUCUAGAAAUUCUGAAACAUCCUAAUCUGUUCAGGCAUGAAUUUCCCGAGCAAGAUCUUUUGAACUAUGUUCAUCGACUGGAUGGACCGAUGCCAUGGAGCAGUUUGCAUUACUCGUGGCAUAUCAGUUGUCCGAACGAGAACGAUAUCAAAGGGAAGAUGGCUAUCAUUCAUGCCAAAUUUUGGUUUGCCGGAGAAAAAGCCAUGGCUAGACAACUGGCAAUCAGCUGCAUGUCCGAAAUGAAGAAAUAUUGGAUUGGAAAAGAAGGGGCUCCAAAUACCCAAAGCAAUCAAUGA